ACACACAUACACACACAAACAACACCGCGAAACACAAAUCGACAGUUCAAAACAAAACAACCCUGUUCUUUCCCACAAGUGUUUGAAAUACUGGUUAGUGAUGGGUUUUAGGAACCCGAAACGAGUGAAUCUGUUGAUGUGAAUCGUGAACUGUGUGGUUCCUAGGAAAUGUUGUGGUUGUGAUGUGUUGAUUGCUACACGCAUGAACCAUCCAGUGGCACACACACGUGACCAGUGUCGCUCGGAGUGCCUGGGAUGUGAGCAGUAGGAGGGCAUAUGGGGCAAUGCGUGUCGCGGGGUCACCCCGGCUCCUACGCCUUCUCCCGCCACUACGACUCCGCCAGUCUAGGCAGCCUCAGCUCGGGACCUCAUCGGCAUACCUGGGGGGGUCACUCUGGCUCGAAAGGUGCGAAGAAGCGAGAGAAGAGCGCGCCAGGCAACGGCAACGGCAACGGCAAGCCCAGCCGCGGAGUGGCCACUUCCUUCGGUUUCCGGCGCCGCCCCGCCAGCUCGUCCAGGGCUGAUGACAAUGCAAGGAGGCGCAAGCCUGGCGACAACAAUGGGAAUGGAGCAGGUUCAACCGAGGACCUCCGGGUCGAGGAGAUCCUAUCGGGUCGCUCGACGCCCCUGGCGCGGCCCCGCAAGGAGGCGGCUGCGCAACAACUCCGCACGAACAGGUUCGGUUUCAGGCAGCCGACCAUCAGCAAGACUGCGAAGGUGGGCGACGUGAACUGCGCGGCGGAGCAGGCGUUCGGAGUCAGCCCCAAGGACAAAGACUCCACAAUCAACAAUAACGCUUUAGACAAGAAGGGUUCAAAUCCGUAUAACAGCCAGCUGGUGAGUCACCCCACGCAGGUGACUUCAGCUGGGCAGACCACCAUUGUGGGCCAUGCUGGGGUGCCCAAGAGCGUCACCAAGCAAACCGUCAUAUUGACGUAUCAGCCGCAGCAGCUUUUGCAGGAGUCGCGUCGCCCCCCCGCGCCCCGCAGCGCGUCCGCCACGCGCGCCCCCGACGGCCCCCGCGCCCCCGGGAAGUACACCUUCCAGACCAACCAGCUGCCGCGCCCGCAGUACCCCAGCGUCAAGAAUGUCGACUCCAAAACUGCUAAGCAGGUGGCCAACAGUUCGCGGAAGAUCGCUACAUCUACCGAUGGAUGGAGAGAAGGCGCUAGCUCGACAGUCUCCACGGACUCGGGCGUGUGGACGGGCGGCGAGGGCGGCUCCCCCACGGCGCGCCGCCGCCCCCGGAACCUGGAGAUGGUCAUGAAGGGCGCCCACAGCUUCCAUCUCAGAGAACUCAACAUGGAUGACUUGGAUAUUUUGGAUGAGAACGUCGUCACCGGCCAUACAGUGAUUCCUCUGCCUAAAAUGCCCAGCUUAUUUGAUGGCAAUCCGUCUCCAGACUUCGAAGUACCAGCUCCAACGUACAACCCUCCAUCACCCAUCAUGACCAAGCCUAUGGCUCCAAUAGCUACGGCUGAAGUGACCAGCUCUCCGAUGUCAACUCUCGAACGCUAUCGGACCAGGACCAGACCUUCGAGGAUACAGCCCAUGCUGGACUCUAAGGAAGAAGAGAAGUUUGUCUUUGACCGAGCUGAGCCUGAAAGUUUCGCGAAGCAGGAGUUAUUCCCGAAGCCAUCAAGCCGGGCGGUGUCUCCACCGACGGUGGGGUCCAGCAAGGAGUCCAGUCCGUCCUGCAAGAGCGAGGGCAGCAGCUUCGGCAACAGCACCACCGGCACCUGGCAGAACCACGCGGCUGGCGAGGCCAUGGCCACCAGGUCACAAGACGACGUGUCCCUGGCGCUCAGCGUGUCCAGCUGCGAGGACGACAGGUCCAAGCAAGAGCUGAAGGAGUACGUGAAGCUGGAGGUGGAGGUGCCCAAGAAGACCAUCGUCAUCGUGGACGAGCCGCCCGCGCCGCACCCACUGCUCAUGAAGUCCAUCAAUCUGAGCCAGCAUGAGAGCUCUAGGGGAUCUUUGAUGGGUUCAAUGACCAGCUCCAACUACAGCACCACCAGUACCUGCACCAACCAGAGCCUCGAGCACAACCUCACGCUCACCCUCGAAGAGUCCAAGUUCGACAUAUCGGCUCUAGAAACUUCCACCCACAGCCUGCUAGACGACGAGACAUCUCCAGCAGAUAGUCUCAUCUCCUCUACUAGUACCACUGACUCAAACAACGACCUGCAGAUAGAGCGAGACGUCACGUCUAUCACCAGCUCCGCCUAUCAGACGGCCAAUACUAACACCAAGACGAAGUCGCCAGUGCCGAUUGAGGAGGAAGAUGGCGUUGAUGGGGAAGCGUUUCUUCGGGAGAAAGAGGAUAUCGUGGUCCAGACUGGCGAGGCGUUCAAAAACUCCCCGGAAAGUCCCGGCACACCCACACACGCGUCCGGGUCACUGUCCCUGUCUGACGGACGGGACUUCUUCGACGAUGAAAUAGCUGACCAGCCAGCAUUACUGUUCAGGAAAAAUAACGAAGGCAGUCCUUCACUGAAGACCGUGGAGUCGGAAGCCAGUAAACAACUGAGGAAGUCCCGGGAGAGGAUCAACGCCAGCCACGCCAACAGCCCGCAAGUGCAGAGGAAUCGUAAAGUAGGUAUGAGGACUGGCGGGGCAGAGCGCACCCCGUCGCUGGACACGCUCUCCAGCCUGGCCUCUGAUGACCUGAUGAUGAACGACGACCUGGCGCGGUCCAUCACCAGCCUGCAGAGCGUUGAUGAUUAUAUUGAGAGACUGGACAGCUCGCUCCGCAGCGGCCUCAACUCGCUCGACGAGAGACAACUGCACCAGGAGUUGUCCUCCCAGAGCGCGGUCCGGCAGUGGAGCCAGCUGCUGGAGCAGAGCAGCCGCCUGGACCUGCAGCUCGCGGCCAUGGCCGGCAGUACCACGCACUCGCUCACUGCUAGCACCACCAGCCUGUCUAAUAUCGGGGCCAGCCUGCCUGUCCGCACGGCGCGCCUGCUGCAGCGCUCGCGGGCUCAGACGCCAUCAGACGCCGGCGUCAGCGACGGCAGCGCGUCGCCCGCGCCCGCCAACAUACUGCAGGAUGUCGUUGACAUCAAGACGCUUCUGCUGCAGCUCAAGCGAGUGUUACAGGAGCCGGGGGACGAGCUUCAUUCGAUGAGUAGCGAAACUCUCGACCCGUUGUUGACGGUGUGCGCGGAAUCGCCCGCGCGCGCCAACGGGCGCCCUCCCCCCGCGCUCCGCGCCGACGCCUGCGCCGAAAUGAGAAGACAGAUCCUCUAUCUACAGAGUCAGCUAGAGGAGCGCGACCGGCUGGUGAAGGUGCUGCAGUCGCAGAUGCACAAGAUGGCGGAGACGCACGACGCGCGCCCCGACGACACCUGCACCGUCGCCACGCAGACUGACAGGUUACGGCCGCCGAUGAGCACUGCGCUAACGAAUUCCGAAAAUUCCGGCCUAGUGAGUUGGAAUGAACAACCGAACGCUCGGAAGCUGCAGACAUACAGUGAAGCACAAAAGACUAAAAGUAGAGUGACUAACGGAAUCCCUGUGAAAUGCACCUGCGGCGCCGGCCGGAGAAACGGGCUCUCCGGAGACGACCUCGACAAAAAGGACACCCUUCUGAAGCCCACCAGCCGAGUCGGCUCCAAGUACAUACAAGCCAUCUCCACGGAAAACAGAAGGUACAUAAAAAGAGAUUCCUCAGUAGGCGAAAAGACAAUACCGAGAUCGUACAUGUACUCCACCAGAUCGAAAUCCAUCGAGAACUUUCACAACCAGGUCUUCUCCACGAGAGAAACGAAUAAUUUCAGCAAAAACGUUCUGAUCGAGGAGUCCAACGUGAUGAAACAUCACACGUCGUAUGGGGACCUGUACAACGGACGGAUCAGUAGCAAGGAGAGUGUGAACGGGAACAGACACAGCCCGAGCCUCAACGGGCAGUCUACGGACACUGACUACAGUUCCGACGGCGGCUACAAGUCUCUGCCGUCGAGCAUCAACUACACCGGACACUCUCCGCCGAAGAAAACCAGCGGCAUACCGAGAAGGUCCUUGGAACAGAAGUUUCUCACAACAAAACAUGUAAAAGCGAGCGCUAUAUGAGAUACGACGCUAAGUACUCGAAUAGAUCUCAACGGAUACGUAAGGUUCGAUUUUUAAUGCGAAUAUUUUUCGUUUUCGGUUCUCUAUUCUUGCCUUUAAGUGUGAACGGACAGAAUCAAUAGAUAUUGGCUUCAGAGUGAGUGCUUGUUUUGGUAGAACGGUCCCUAGUUUCUGAAAGACGUGUCUAUAAAGUAACUAAAUAUUUUAUUUGUGUCGUUCUAUAAAUCGAUGACUUGAAGAUAAAUUUAUUAUUACAUUCAAUAACCCUUUGAGAAACUAGGCCCCUUUCUUUGUUGGGCUUGACAAAGCUUGUUCGCAUUUACGUUUUAUUUCCCCUCAUUGUAAGGCUACUCGUAUUAUUAAGCUAAGUUCAAUAAUUGGAUGCCAAAUUAUAUCUAUGUAACCUUUUGUGAGCCCAGUGUUAGCUAAUAAUUUACUUUCAGGGAGCCAAUUCUCGAUCCUGACAUUAUAGGACAUGGCAUUCUGUCUACUGAAGAAUCUUGUAAGAUAGAUUCUUUCGACAAUUUUGCGGUAAAAACUUUAUUUUAUGAAAGCGAAAAUUGGCUCCCUUAUUGACAUGAAAUUCUUUAUGAAUGGAUGCGAGGAUGCUUAGUGCAAACUUUUUAUUUACUAUUAUUAUUUUAUUGAUAAAAUUAUAUUAAGUUACGUCGUUGACCUCUCUGUACUGUACAGUAGUUUAUCAGAACAUAUUGUAUGUAUGUAGUUAUAAUUUACAAAGUAUACAGGCGAUAUUGUUAUCUUAGAUUUUCUAUGAUAGACAACUAGUAGGGUUUUGAAGCUGUUAUAUGUGAUAAGAGUGGCUGUAAGAACUUGUGUUUAGUUUAAUUGUUACUUCCUGUGCGUUAUGGCUACCCACACCAAUCGCUGUAAUUAUUUUCGUAUUAUCUUAAGUAUUUCCCCGGUAUUAUGAGGACCCAAAGGUUUUAAACGGUACAAGGCUAUAGACAAAGCAUUUUUAUAAUAAGGUUUAAUGCAUCAUUUUAGAAAGGAUUUGUAAUAACUUUAAAUGUAAUCAUUAACUUAUUUAGUCCAUCAUUAAUAUUAUAUUCCAUGGCGCCUACAUAUUGCGUACUUAAAUGUCGAUGCCUAGUUGGGUACGUACUUAUAUCAAUCUGAAAUAUUUGUUAGCUAUGUAUUUUUGUAAUCAUUUAGACAUCUACAUCAUAUGUAUUUAUUACUUACAUUUACCAUAAAAAUAAUUUCAUAAAACUACUUAUAUCAAUAAUGUAAUAUUUAUCACAAGUAAUUAAAUAAAAAACUGUAUACUAACUUAACCAUUUAAAAGAUCUUAUAACACCAAUACCUGUACAAGUGCAAUAAAACUACUUAUACUCAUGUACUUAUGGCUACUAGUAUCUGUUAUAUUAUGUUGCUGAUUUCCUACUUUAGUUUUGUAAGGAUAAGCCCAAUAUUUAGUAAAAAAUAUUAUUUUUAAACACUGAAGUUGUUUUAAUAAAUAAUUUUAAUUUUC